AUGUCCGACGACGACUGGGAUAUCGAAGAGCCCAAAAAGUCCGGCACGUCCACGCCUGCUGUGACUGCUCCGGUUGCCCGUGCGCCCGCUAGAGGGAAAUGGGCCGAUGAGGAUGCAGAGCAGGAAGAGGAGGACGACUGGGACGUCUCAGACUCUGAGAAGGCAAAGCCUGCCGCUCCGGCCGGCGCGCCUGCGCCUGUGCGCAAGAAGAAGCUAAAGGAGAAGCUGGCGGAGAAGGAGCGUGCUCUGGCCCAAGGACCGGCCGACGACCUGAUAGACAACCGGACAGAACAAGAUCGGGCCCGAGACGCCAAGCGCGAAGCGCGGGAACGCGAGCUCGCCUCGGAUCUCCUGGCCGCCCAGGAUCUCUUUGGCGAUGUAGCCGUGACGGACCCCAAAGCGACGCUCGAGGCGAUCCUUACCGCCGCGCCCAAAACCAAGGCCGAUUUCGACAAGCUCUCCAAGGACAUCAUGGCGCUCAUCAUUUCGAAGCACGCGGAUCACGCGCUGUUCCCGGCCUUCGUGGAGGGGUUCGCGAAGGAUCUGUGUGAGCCGCUGUUGGCGGUGCAGGUGAGGAAGGUGGGGAGCGGGCUGGCGACGCUGGGGAAUACGAAGCAGCAGGAGGAGAGGGAUAAGGCAAGUGGGAAGAAGAACAAGGGCGCAUCCAAGCCAAAACUCGGCGCGACCAAGGCGAUCCAUACGGUCGACACGGACGCAUACCAGGAUGUGCUGGAUGAUGACGAUUUCAUGUAA